GGGGAGGUUAAAAAAAAAAAAAAAAAAAAUGUUAUCCAGGCUAACCAACCCAGAGGAGUGAAAAAUGCGGGAGUAUCUUUGAAGAGAGACGAACGAGUUUAAUCAUCCCAACGCAGCAGUUGGAAAAGCAAAAAAAUAAAUGGUUAAGUGGGAGAGGAGUACAAUUCGUCACCCGCGCACGUGGAGGAGAAAAAAUUGCCAUCCAAUUGCCGUCAAAUUACCGCCAAACCGCCGCGCACAGAAUAGUAUGCGCCUCGGCCUGCGCCACUCCGAUCUUGCAGCCUACUUGUCGAGCAGGUAAGAAAAACGAAAUGCUGCCACGCAAUUGCGAGCGCCGCGUGUACAAUCUGUGAAUAGGAACGGACACGCCGCACGAGCGAAGUGAAGAGACGAAGAAGCGAAGAGGUGAAGAAGCAAAGACGCGAAGUGAACAAUCGCUGUCGUGCACAGUUUGCCACCCCCCCAGACAGAGCCGCAGCCUCCACGACGCGCACGUGCCAAAUCAUGGAAGACAAAAAAACGGACCCGUCAAAUAGAACGAAGGAAAAUGUGAAAUUCUCAAAAUUUGUAACCUCGCUGAGUUUUAUGAAAAAAAAUACAAAUGAUAAGGAAGAGGGAAUAAAAAAAAAAGUUAAGUACGCCAAUGAUGAGCAUGUGUGGAUACUGAAGGAGUAUGAAGAGGAAGGAAAUGCCUUUUUGAAGAAGCAGGCGGCGCAAAAAAAUAAAAAUAAUGUUGCCCUGAAUUGCCUGGGGAGGAGGUCCUACAAGAAUUACAACAGCUACGUAAAUCUGUACAAUAUGGAAAUUAAAAAAUUUAUCAAUUCCGUUCGGAAGAACAAGCCAGUGGGUUCCUUGCGCGAGUGA